AUGUAUCUUAUCCAUGCCCUAGAAACAUAUCUCUGCAGGAAGAAGCUUAUGCGUUCAGGCUUCCUUUAUCCUAUUCAGCUAGAUCAUGGCCUGGGAACUGUAAAGUGUCAAGUAGAAGGCAACUAUAUUGGGUCACACAAUGUUAGCUUUUCAGUGUAUAACAAGGGAAAGUCAAUAGUACACAAAGAUGCUUGGCUUAUCAGUGCUAAACAGGAACUUUUCAUGUACCAGACAUUCUCAGACAUUUCUUCAGUGUCUCCUGCUGCAGGCAGCCUAGGUGGUGGGACUGAUCUCACCAUCACAGGGGAUUUUUUUGAUACACCUGUGCAAGUCACAGUUGCAGGAAGUCCCUGUCAAAUUAAAGAAAUUACUCCACAAAAGAUAAUCUGUACAACUGGAGCCAUUGACAAUAAUAGAAAAUUCAGUGAAAUUCAACCAGGAAACAGGGGCCUGCUUUUUGAAGUUUGGGAUGGUUCAGACACUAAUCUCACUGAAGUGACUCCAGGAUACAGCUGGCACAUUGUUCCUAAUGCCAGUUCUCCAUACAAUUUUCUGUCUGGGAGACAGACACUGUUCAGGGCACGACUACGUGGCUUUUUUGUGGCACCAGAGACAAAUAAUUAUACAUUUUGGAUUCAGGCAGAUGGCAAAGCUUCUUUGUACCUAAGCCUGUCAGAUGAUCCAAGAAAAAAGGUGGAAGUUGUAUCAAUUCCUUCUGGGACUUCGGAUUGGUCAGCACUUUGGGAGGAAGACUGGGCCCAUCCUAGGAAGCCCAAAUCAGAGAAAUAUGAGCUAACCGGUGGUACAAUGUACUAUUUGGAAGCCGUGUAUAAUGGGACAUCCCCAAACCAUGGAAUGAGGGUGGGAGUUCAGAUGCAUAAUACCUGGCUGAACCCAGAUGUGGUCAGUACUUACUGCAGAGAGAGGUACAAAAUACAAGCCAGCUCUGUCCAGCUUCCAGAGAUACAGAUGCUGACACUGUCUGGCAGAGGAUGGUUCAGUCUUGCCUGGGACAAUGUGACCAGCAAUCUCAUGUCAACAAAUGUUACUGUUGAACAAAUGCAGAAAGAACUGGAGGAACUUCUUUCUGUAAAAUGUGAAAUAGAGUCAUCAUCUGCUGACAUUUUUUUGCAAGCAAGGUUUGAGCAAAUAGAUGCUGAGAAUCUAGUCAACGAUGGAGUCAUUGUCAGUUGGACACUACCCUUUUGUGGAAGAUUCAGCAAUUUCAGGCCAAAAACUCUUAUCAAAACAUCACAAUUAAUCCCUCCUUAUGAUGUGACUAAAUACACACAUCUGUGCUUUGCAUACAAAGGUUACCUGAACAAUACCCUCUACAUUGCAGUGUCUUAUUCCAAUAUCUUCCUAAAUACUGUGAAGCGGCAUUUGACUUGCCAGUGGAAUCUGAAAUCCAGUCCAGAAAGCUGGAAAUUCAUAUGUACCAACCUUUGGAGAGACUGUCUGAAUAGUUCUGAAUUCCUUACUGAUCUUCCAAAAAACUCUUCAGUGUUUUUGCACCAGAUUGAUGUAGAAGCUCCUGCUACUGCAACAGGGACACAUGGCUGGUUUUUCAUUGAUGAGAUCAUUGUUUCAGAUCAAGAUGUAGUUGUUUUUCAGAAGGAACCCAGGUCAGCUCACCCACAUGGGAACCUCAUAGAGUCCAUCUCAGUUGCUGGCAUCCCGCCUGUUUUUAACAUAUCCUUUUUUGUAGCAGACUAUCACAAGAACCUCCCUCUUCUCUCACUCAGAGGAGGCAUACCUUUGGAGGGAUCAGAAGAGACUGAUCAGUUGCUGGUGUCUGUGAAUGAGGCAGGGAUCAAUCUGACAGUCCAAAGGAUUCAGGGCGCAAGCCCACCUCUCGGAGGAACUUUUCAAAUCCAUCUACCUAAUAUGGUGAUUCCAGGUAUUCCAGUGUCCAUGUCUGCCAAUCACCUCCACAGUCUUCUACAAAAUUACAGCGAUAAUUUUACAGCUCAGUAUAUAAAUGCCAGUGACUUCUUUGUAUCUAAGAUUUCAAACAACUGUUAUCAAAGUAUAUGGACACUGACAUGGACUUCACUGAUUGGUGAUUUGCCCAAUUUCAUCAGGGUCUCUAAUGAAAACCUCACUGGUAUUAACCCAGCGGUUAUGAGCUAUGUGGUAUUUGAUGGUGGCGUUUUCAUUGAUCCAGUAUUUGGAGAUAUGCUUGCUACCCCCAAUAACUUGACACAGGUUGUAGUUAAAGUCAAUGACAUUCCUGCAAAUUGUUCUGGCUCAUGCACUUUUCAGUAUGGCAGGGAACUGACCCCUUUAGUCAGUAACAUUGACUAUUCUACAGAUGAUACAGAUCAUAUAAUAGUUCACAUUAUAGGAUCUGGCCUCACUUCAGGCAGUCAAUCAUUGCACAUAGAAGCAAACAACAUAACUUGCAAAAUCCUAAAUUCAAAUCACACUAGUGUCCUUUGUCAGAUGAAUUUAUUACCAGUUGGACUGUAUAGGGUUACAGUAUUGGUAAGACCCUAUGGGUUUGCAAUUAAUACCAGUGGAGAAAGUAGUAUCUUCCUGAAGAUUACACCUAGAAUGACUUCUGUUGAACCUUCAGUGGCUUCGGAGAUAGGAGGACUUCCAGUCAUUCUCGCAGGUUCAGGCUUAGAUGGGAUACACACAGUACUCUUUGGUUCUCAGCUUUGUCCAAUUAAUUUCAAUACCAGCAAUGCAAUGAAAAUAGAAUGCAAGCUUCCUCCUUGGAGAGGAGAAGAGUCUACUGUUCAUCUAACCCUAAUUAAUGAGCAUGAAUCCACUGUCUUUGCCAGUGCUUUUAUAUAUGACCCUUCUCUAAAUCCAUUCAUUGUGUCAAUGAACAGAAAUAAAAGCAGCGUAACAGGAGGUCAGCUGCUCUCUAUAGGAAUAUCUUCAUUCUCCAAUUAUACUCCCUUGGAUGUGAAAGUCAAAAUUGGGGACACUGCGGUUCAAAUUCAAACUGUAACAGAUCAUGGAAUCAGCGUAGUGCUGCCUUCUCUUGCAGAGGGAUGGCACAGACUUUCAGUAUUCCUUCAUCAUCUCCUGCUCAGCACUAGGGGAUUGGAGCCAUUAAUCCAGUAUGUUACAGAGAUCUUCAGCAUAGAACCAUGUUGUGGCUCCUUCCUAGGUGGAACAUUACUCACCAUCUCUGGAACAGGCUUUAGCAACAACCCAGUCUUGGUCUUAGUCCUGAUUGAUUCUCAACCCUGUACUAUUAUCAGCCUGACUGAAGAUAAAAUCCUAUGUCGGACGCCACCACCCACUCAGCCACUUCAUACCAUUCUCAAAAACUUUCUGGCAGAUGUAGAGUUGUUCAUAGGCAACAGGUCAUCGGUCGACACAUUUCAAAUGAAAAUCUUCAAGAAUUACACUUUUCUUUACAAAAUGUCUUUGACUCCAGAUAUCAUAAACAUUGAAAUAGAAUUAUUGAACAAUAGUCUGUGGCUGGGCAUAGAAGGAGUGAAUGUAACAAAUUCAGUAGCUAUCCUGGAACAUGUGGAAUGUCAUCUUGAGGUACAGAAGGUCAACCAUUCUAUAACCUGGUCUCAGUGCUCCUUACCUCUAAGCGUUCUAGAGCCAGGGCACUAUGUUAUGAGGGUUCUCCAGAAGCAAGUCGGCUUUGCCAACUUACCAGCUGAGAUGCAGCAUUUUACAGUAGACCCACAGAUAAAGACAAUCUUUCCAUCUCAUGGCUCAGUUUGUGGUGGGCAGUUGCUCACGAUAUCUGGCCACUCUCUAAAAUCUUGGACAAAUUCUACUUGGGUAUAUGUGACAGGCAACUUCACUUGUGAGAUCCAAAGCUCAAAUGACAACAGUAUAAUCUGUGCUCUUUCUCCAAGUGAUCCCCUUUCGGACGAUCAGCAGUUGCCUGAUAUACCCCAAGCUCUUAAUAUCACAGUGAAUGUCAAUGGAAUGUAUAGCCGUUGCCUAGGAGACUGCUCAUUCCAUCUUCUUGGAAACAAGACUCUUGUUAUUGAUGCUGUCACUGUGAGGUUCAGUGGGACCUUAAUCGACUUGUUAAUCAGAAUUCAAAAAUUAGUUUGGGCAGUGGAUGAAAUCCUUAUAGAGGUGGAUGGACAUCUCCCUUGCAAUAUAACUUCUUUGAACAAAACCAGUAUUGAAUGCCAGACGGGCAGCCUUGAUGCCAAAGAACAUAGCAUUUCAGUAUUCAGCAGAAGCUGGGGAGGAGCCUGCCUGAGACAGAAAGGCUCCAAUAUCUUCAGAGUCACUCCUGAUGUGCUCCAUCUUUACCCCCAGAAUUUCAGUAUUAAUGGUGGCGGCCUCCUCACCUUAGAAGGUGCAGCACUGCAAGGCAGGAGCAGCACUUCAGUUCUCAUAGGAAAUCAGAAAUGUCUCCUCACCAAAGUCAAAUACUGGUCACUUCAGUGCCUUGUGCCUUCGGGCAAAGGGUCUGCAAUCGUGGGGCUUGACAUAGACAAUGUGUCAUAUCCUGCUGGGGAAAUAAGCUACAGUGAAGAAUUCACCCCAGUUUUCCUCUCCCUUCUGCCUUCCACAGGCCAGUUUCUGACAAUAAUGGUUUCAAAGGCUAGGCAAACAGAAGACAUGUUUGUUUUCAUUGGAGGCACUUCCUGUGCCAAUGUUACUAGCAAUGGUACCAGUUUGCAAUGUGUGCUUCCUCAGCUUCCCACUGGAGAAUAUAAUGUGACAGGUGGAAAUGUGCAGAGAGGCUGGGCUUUCUCAACUUUGGUGUUCACUUCUGUGCUGACAGUUACCUCGGUGAAAAACAGCCAUAGCAACCUUGAAGGAGGAGAAUUAUAUAUACAUGGAAAUGGAUUUUCUCCAGGAAAUACCUCAGUUGCCAUCUGUGGCUCUCCUUGCGAAAUGCUGAAUGUGGUCAGCACAACUGAUUUGAGCUGCUUAACGGGGCCCUUGAAUGCCUCCAUAGCGGUUCUCUGUAGUCUGAAGUACUCUGUAGAAGACAGUGGCAAAGACUGCAAGGCAGCUGGCGCAGCACUGAUCCAGUGUGACAUCCAAAUCAAAGCAAAUGCUGAUGUUAUUACAGCGGCCACCCCAUUCCUAUUCCUUUGCGACAGUUUGGCUUAUUCCCCUUCAAGGACUAACAAGGCCUCUAUCAACUCAUCUCAUGUCCAUUUUUCGAGCCUUCUUAUCAGCCCUAAAGUGGAAAGAGAUGAAGUUCUCAUCUAUAAUAGCUCCUGUAACAUUACCAUGGAAACUGAGGCAGAGAUGGAGUGUGAGGGACCUAAUCAGCCAAUUACCGCCAAGAUUACUGAGAUAUGGAAAAACUGGGGCCAGAACACUCAGAACACCUUCCCAAUUGAAUUUUGUGGACGAUGGUCAAAGAACACUACCUGGCUUAAUGGGCACCCACCACAAGAUGGCGAUAACGUCACAGUAGAAAGAGGACAUAUUUUACUAUUGGAUACUAACACAAGCAUUCUUAAUAUGCUUCACCUCAAAGGUGGCAAGCUUGCAUUUAUUGGCCCUGGACCACUAGAACUUCAGGCUCAUUAUAUCCUUGUGUCUGAUGGAGGAGAACUUCAGGUUGGAUCUCCCAAGAGGCCCUUUUGUGGCAUCGCCCGCAUUCAUCUCCAUGGAAGUGCCUAUUCGAAAGAGUUUUUCCCAUAUGGGGCGAAAUUUCUGGCUGUGAGAAAUGGAACCCUUUCCAUGCAUGGUUGUGUCCCAAAAGUGUCAGUCACACACCUGAAAUCAGCAGCACACCCCAAUGAUACAAGGUUGGAUUUAAUGGACUUUGUGGACUGGAAACCUGGAGAUGAAGUUGUUGUAUGUGGAGGAGGUCUUGAAGGUGCUCAAAGGAAAGAGGAAAUUGUUACCAUUAAGGAAGUACAUGGCACAGAACUCUAUAUUACAUCUCCACUAAGGUAUUCUUACACUGUUACUGAGAAGCAGGUUCUUGAAGAGCAUCUUGCUUUUAGAGCUGUUGUGGCAUUGCUGAGUAGGAACUUAGUCAUCCAAGGAAAUGUCACAACUGAAAAAGUUUCCCACCUGCAACUCUGUAAAGCAGCAAUUAUUUCAGGAGACAACUCAGAAUGCCUCUAUAAGAGAAGUGAGAGAAAACUUGGAUCUCAGAACAUGGGGGGUAUUGUCAUUGUGGAGUCCUAUUAUGGUGAAGAGAGUCUGCUACAUUUGACAGGUGUACGGUUCUAUCAUGUAGGACAAGUGUUCCAAAAGCAUCUCAGUGCACUGACUAUUGCUGGAAAUGCUCAAAUGACUAAAUCUUACAUUCAGCAUUGUGCUGUGUUGGAUUCUUUUGCUCAGGGAGUUAGCCUAUCAGGAAUAUCAGAUUUCAGGAUUGAAAAUAACACUUUUUACAACAUUAUGGGCCAUGGAAUUAAAAUAGGAGAGCGGCAAGGUCGAAAUAAUAAAAUACGGCAUAAUACAGUUAUUGGGCUAGUGGGCGCAGAUGGUCUUUCCAAUACUGAAGUUCUAUCACCAGCUGGAAUAUAUAUCCAGGCUCCUGAUAAUUUCAUAGAGAGUAACACAGUGUGUGGUGCUGGACAUGGUUACUUGUUUCACCUUCCCCCUUCAAGAUUAAGAGAACCAGUGAUGUCCUUCAGUAAUAAUGUAGCAUAUUCGUGCUCUAGGUAUGGACUCCUAAUACAUCCAGCAUAUCACCCUCAAAGGGGAAGCAUUACAGAACCUGUUAUAUUCCAAAAGUUUAGUGCCUGGAAGUGCAAAGGUGGAGUUAAGAUUAUUAGCACCAGCAACCUUCAGCUUUGGAACUUCCACAUCUCUUCCUGCAAAGAUUUUGGAAUCAACAUUGUGGAAAGUCUUGGAAACACUUCUGUUGCCAACAGUGUACUAAUUGGCCACUCCCAUGAAAAGGAUGGAAGCUGUAUGUUGACAGGGCUGAAAACUCCUCAAAAGCAUGAACUGCUGAUUUCACAUAUAACCUUUAUGAACUUUGAGAGUCACAACUGCACUGCAAUUACUACCUGUUCAGGCUGCUACCAAGGUCAGGGUGGCUUUACUGUAAGAACAGAACAAGUGCUCUUCCUCAAUGCCCCAAACUGGCUAUCAUUUCCAUAUCCUCACUGCACUAUCCUCAAAGAUCUAGAUGGCUCUCUCACAGGACAACAGGGAAGUCACCUCCUUCCUUCUUCAGAUAUACUUCCAGAUUCCUGUAGGACAAUUGUCAAUGCCAGUCAAGCUAUCAAUGCCAGUUGUUGUUUUGAAAAUGUUACUUUUCAUCGUAUGUCUAUUGGCCUAAAGUCCCCAAUCUUUCCUUCUAAUUUAACAGUAAUUGAUAGUCGCAAUAAGGUGAUCACUGUUAAUUAUGUGCCUGACACUUUAUCAAAUGCCAAUGGCUGGAUGAUUCUUCUUUUGGAUCAGGAAAUUUACACUUUAUCAUUCAGCAGUCCUCUGCUUCAAGGAAAUUUGCAGUACAUAGCUACAUUUGAUAACUUCACUGCUGGCAAUUACUUAUUGUUGGAGCAUGAAGGAUUGCCAACCCAUGUUCAAGUUACACUGCUUUGUGGAAAAAGGCAAGGGUCAGUACUCCAGGCCUUUCCUUCCCCUGGACAGCACAAGGCCUGCGACUGGUUUUUCAACAGGAAAACGAAAAAGUUAACCUAUUUAGUUACAGGAAGAGGCAUGAUCCAAGUGACAUUCAAAGUUGAAGACACGUUCCCUUUACCAGAGCCAGAUCCAGUUCCUUCGUUUUCUCUUCCUAUUUUCAGAUGGUCCCUUGCUGAGUCUUGGAAUGAUGUGACAAAGGGCUGGGGCGGCUACAAUAAAAGUAUACCAUCAGCUGAUGAAGAUGUUAUCAUUUUACCAAACAGAAUCAUCUUGGUCGAUAUGAAACUUCCGCCCCUGCGAGGUCUUUAUGUCCAGGGCACACUGGAUUUCUCAUUAAAUACCAGCCAUGUUCUGAGUGCGGCCUGCAUUGUGAUUGCUGCUGGUGGUGUCCUGAAAGUGGGUACACUGCAGCAUCCAUUAGAAGAAAGGACAAAGGUGCACAUUCUUCUUCGGGCAUCUGAGAGAGUAAACUGUGAUCGAUUAAAAGGAUUGAAUGUUGGUCCUGGAACCAUUGGAGUUUUUGGGAAGCUGCAGAUGCACAGUGCUUACACCAGGAAGUCAUGGACACAUCUUGAAAAUGAUGCUGCACCUGGGAAUGAAAGGGUUAUGGUGCAAGAUCAUUUGGACUGGCAUCAGGGUGACCGUAUUGUUGUCAGUUCCUCCUCUUAUGAACCCCAUCAAGCUGAAAUAAUCACUUUGGAAAAAGUUAACAAGCGUAGCAUUAGGAUCCGUGAACGUCUUCUCCACAGACAUAUUGGGCAUUCCCAUCAAUUAGAAGAUGGUCGAUGGAUUCUCCUGGCUGCAGAGGUUGGACUUCUUACAAGAAACAUUCAGAUCAAGUCUGACACGGCUUGCACUGGAGGGCUUCUGGUGAGACCUUCGGGCUGUGCAAACCGAGAUGCAGGUGUGCUUCAACUUUCAAACGUUGAAAUUUUGAACGUUGGAUCGUCACAGUCUCCAUCAAUUGACAUCACAAAUUCAUCCCUCGAAUCUUUCAUAAUUUCCUCCAGCAUUCACCACAGCUGUGGAGUUGGUAUUCAAGCCCUUGCAAGCAGUGGGCUCUUCCUAUGUGACAAUGUGAUAUUCAAUACCAUUGGGCACGGUAUACAUUUAGAAGGCCGGAAUCAUACACUCAUCAGAAAUCUGGUUGUCUUAAGCAAACAACCAGGGACAUCAAAGUUCUGGGUGGCUGGCAUCAAAACCAAUGCUGUAGAAGGUGUUCUGCUACAUAAUAAUAGUGUGGCUGGUUCAGAACGGAUAGCCUUCCAUAUCAAAGGUCAAGAAUGCUUCUUAGCAGAGGACCUUUGCAGUGACAAUGUGGCUCAUUCAAGUCUUCAUGGGAUUCAUUUAUACAAAGGAGAUGGCUCUCCAGACUGCACCAAAAUCACAGGUUUUUUGUCUUACAAGAACUAUGACUAUGGGAUAAUGUUUCAUCUUGGAGGAAGUAUAGUAGUUGAGAAGGUGAUAUUGGUAGACAAUGUUGUGGGACUCUUGCCAGUACUUUAUGGACCACCUGCUACGCUGCAGUGCAACCAGGACAAACAGCACCUGAAACUCAGAAACUCUGUCCUGGUGGCUACUAGCACUUCCUUUGAUUGCAUCAACGACAGAAUCCAGCCUCUUUCAGCUGAUUUGACAAUUACAGAUCGAGCUCCACGUAAUCCCUGGAGGGGUCGAGUUGGCAUGUUAUGGCCAUCUUUUACCUCUGAUUGUAAUUGGUGGCCUGAUACUCCAUGGCAUAAAAUAAGAAACUAUUCAAUAGUUCCAGGAAUCAUAACUCUACAAGAUAUAACCUUUGAUGGCUUUAGAAAGAGUUGCUAUACUGAUGACCAGGAUAUCUGCAUCAUGACAAAUCCAGGACAUGGAGGCAUCUUGCAUCUGAUCACAUCAGAACAGACCAGAAUGCUCCAUAUCAGUGAACAAAACAUGUUCUAUUUUCAUCCACAGCAAACUAGAGAAAGUGGAUCAAUACCUGACUCAUGUGGUAAUGCGAUAUGCGGGAGCUCAAGGAAAGCUCUUUUCAAAGAUUUGGAUGGAAGUGCCCUGGGAAUGGAUUCACCUGUAUCAGUUUUCCCAAAAUCAGAGCUGGAUUGGGAAGAGCCAUGGCAGGAUGCUGGCAUUUACAGGGAAGAAAGAAAGUGCAUUCUCAAGCCUUCAUCCAAUGUUUAUUUCUGUAAAGAAACUGACCAUGCAAUGGUGUUUUUGGAAAGUAUGGAUACAGAUUUAGAUCACAGGAACUUCUCUCCACCUUUAUUGGUAACUAGUACCUUUGUGGACACUUUCAGUGAAGCCACAUCACAGGGACCUUGCUGCUCCAAAGAACUUUCUUUGAUAUUUUACUCUAUACUGCCAUCAAACAGGCUUUCAAAGAUUUGCUUUGCUGGACCAGUUCCUUGGUCAUUAAGACUCCAUUUCAAUGGUGGUCAUGGUAUUGUCAGGAUACUUUUAGCUAUCUUCUAUGAUGAACCAAGAAGCCUUCAUGUUUUUGUGAACAAGAACUCCAUUCAACCAGUCUUGUUUUUUUCCAGGCUUUUUUGGGAAAAUGCCACAACAGGAACUAAUUACUUCAGUUUUCAGGAGAAUCUUCUGUACGUUGCUGUUCCCUGGGAUGAAUCUAUAGAAAUACAUACCCAUUGUGCCCUUCAUGCUGCUUUCACCAUAGAAGAGAACACUGGAGAGAAAGCUCAGGCAAUGCUUCUUCAACAGUUGGCUAGUUUUUUACAAAUUGGGCAGGAUGAAAUUAGAACAGUCUCCAACACUUCAGGAAAUGAGGACACAUUAAGGAUUAUUGCAGACAAUAGUACAAAGAGGAAAUAUCAGUGUCCCCCAAAGAGGUCAUGUGUACUCACUCAUCAUAGCACCAGCCAACAGAAAACCCAGGGGAGUUUCCAUCCACCCCAUGUAAUACCUGGCUUGAGAGUGCUGAUCCUUGAAAUCAGUGAUCCAUUACACUUCUUAAAAAAUAAGUUUGCUUCCUCAUUUUCAACUGUCAGGUUAAACAGUUUGGCCAGUACACUUAUUGAUGCCCAACAAACUGGGGCACUUCAGCAUGUUCUCAGAUUGCCAGUUGAUACUCUGGUGGUGAUGGUUUCCUCAGCUCCAGUUCCAGCAAAAGAAAAUCCUAGAAAUGGAAGUAGCCCAACUUCAUGGAGUUGCCUCUAUGUCCGUCCUUACAGCAUCUCUGUCUGGAUUCAACCAUCUAAUGGAAUGGUGGAAAGCCCACUGCUAAGGCAACCACAAAUUAUUUUUCUGGACAAACAGGGGCUGAGAAUUGUGUCUUUAGGUUUCCCCUCCAAACCAUGGUUUGUGACAGCUUAUCUCAAAAACAAUCCAGAAAUUAUGCUGAAAGGUAACACAAGAGUAGAGGUCCAAGAUGGACAGGCUAGCUUUCAGAAUUUGAUUGUGUCCAGCUCUUGCUCAGACUGCCACCUCAUUUUCAGAGUUACUUCUCCUCCAGGAGCUGCCUUAUCUGUUGAAUCAGAUUCUUUUACUGUUUCCCCUAUUGCUGUGUCAGAAAAAUCCGCCAUUAUCUUUACUGCUGUCCUGUGUUCAAUAGCCUCCAUGCUUGUUUUGGGAUUUGCUGUUAUUUGUUGGCUCAGGAAAAGUAAGAAAAAAAAAAGCAUGCUCGGACAAACUCUGAAGAAUAAAAAAUGCUCCCAAACACAGGAAAAUCAAGCAAAUUUCGCUAUCCAUCAGUACUGUGUUGGAAAAGAAAAUGAACAUUCCACUUCUGUGAGAGAAGAUAUAAAACUGUGUGGAGAACUUACAAAUACAGAAAAGCCAUUAAAGAAGUUGCAUCAAGAAACAUUGAACAGCAUAUCAGCAGGAGCAGCAAAUGAAAUCAAACAAGGCCAUUGGCUCAAUAAAAGGAAAUCAGCCAGGGAUUCUCUGGAGCUUCAGGAACUUGGCAUCAAGGAGCUUAAUGAAUGGAAGAAGACCAAACAGCAUAUCUUUGACUAUGUUCAGUACAAAGAAAUGAAAGGAGAGCAACUCAUAGAUGAAAAAUAUAAAAGACACACAGAGAUGCCUAUGACAAGGUCUGAAGAAGAUGUGAGGGGAAAACAGGAAGUUACAGUACCAUAAUAUCCAAAUGUUCCUGAGGAUUUGACUGCUUUUGGAAUUUCUCAUUGUUAAUGCAAUUGUACAUUUUGAGACACAGAAAGUGGAGACUUGCUUAAGUUUUAGAGAGAAAUUAAGAGCUAUAAACCAUGAACAAGCAGUACUCCUAUGAACUGCUUCUAGCACAAGUCACUGAAGAUGGUUGCAAUGCUGAUUUUGCUAUCUCAUGAUCAUUGUCAUUCCUCUUACUGAUUUUAGCCAUAUUGUUAUAUACAGCAGAUAGACAUUGAUUCACAAAAAGCUGGGGCAAUGUAGUGACUUCCCUCACCUUCAGCAUGAAUGGAUGUACAGAAUUUCAAGUGAAGGCUUUGAAUCAUGCCAUGAUUUCUGAUAAAUUAUACUCAGUAAUGUAGCUUUACCAUUCGAUUAUUACUGCAUAUACAUUGUGGUAUUACUGCAAUUUCUACUGAAAAUCAUAUGAGUGUACUUCUGUGUACAUAUAUGCACACAAUUAUGGGUCACAUUUGGUUUACAAAUUACUUUUUAUAACCAAGACAUUUUAGUUACUAUUUUUAUCUGGAAUCAAAGACAUCCAAUCCAUAUUAAGCGUACAUUACAUGCUUAAUUUCUUAAACUGGGUUGCAUUGACAUAAUCACAGUUUCUCAACUGUCUACACACAGCUUGGGAGGUUUGAAGAUCUGAGUCAGAUUUGGGGAAUACAAAUUGCCCAUUGAAUGCCUGAAAGUCCUUCUGCAUCACUGUUUCUAACCCAUAUGUAUGGCAAAGUUGUUUGAUUCAUUAUUUCAAAGGGUUAGCAAGGACUAAGAAUAUGUUGAAUCUGUCAAAUAAAUGAUUG